AUUGAUUGAAGGUUUGUGAUCUUUAAUUUAUUUUCUUUCUCUUCCUUUCUUUCUAUCCUUAUAUUUAUCUUCCACUCUAUGUCUGUCUUUCUCCUUCUCCCUUCCUCCCUUCCUUUCUCUCUUCUUUCGAUUUAACAGUGUUUCUCUACUAUCAUCUGCAUCUUCAUCCUCAUCUUUAUUAUCAUCACCUUUUUUUACCAUUGCAAUUUUCAUAGUGUAAUCAACAUAGCCAAUAUUUAUCAACAGUGGAUACUUCAAUUUCAGCCUUUCAUCUGCACUAUUGUCAACGAGUUAUUAUUAUUUGAGUUUAUCGGUUCUCGUAGAGGAAUAAAUGCCAAGAAAGUUACUGUGUUUUUAAAAAUGCCUUGGUGAAUAAGAAAAAACCUUAAGAAAGGAUUCACAACCAAAUUACCAUGAGUGAGUUGGAAAAGUUGACUGCUGAGAGGGAUGCUCUCAAACUGGAGAUUGAAAGACUACAAGAGGAGCUUACCCUUUCAGCUAAGGAGAAACAUCAAUCUGCUGAGUUGGGCCUGCAUUUAUUAGAUGAAAAAGAUAAACUACAAGUGAGAUACGACGAACUCGAAUCUUUGCAUGAAGCAACUCGGACUGAAUUAGAAGCGCUUAGGAAUGCCUUUGCUUCGUUUCAAACAAGUCAAAAGGUAUCUGCGGAUCGAGGAAUUGAACAAGAGGAAAGUUUACUCCAGGAGUCAGCUUCUAAAGAGGCCAAGUUUGCAUCAGCUUUACAAGAACUUGAAAGAGAAUUGAAAUUGGUUCGCUCUGAGUUAGCCCGAGUAGAAGCUGAAAAAGAAAGAUUACUUUCUGAGCACAACGAUUUGUCUAAACAGUUGGAAAUCUCUGAAUGGGAAAGGAAAAAUAUGCGUUUGGAGAUUAAAGAACUGAAAACGAGAGAAUCAAGACUGUCAAGUGACAUGAAUGAAUUAGAAGAUGAAAAUAUUAGUUUACAAAAGACUGUCUCAAAUCUUAAAUCAAAUCAAAUCGACUACGAAACGGCGAAACACGAGGUUCGACGGUUACAAGAAGAAAUCGAACUAAGACGUCUUCAAGUGGAAGAAUUCGAGACUUUGAAAAAUAUUGCUGAGAAACAGAUGAAAGAAGCUUUGGAAGCUCUUGAAUCUGAGAGGGAACAAAAAUACGAAUUAAAAAAGAAAUUAGAUGAAAGAUUAACUAGUGAUCCUAUGUUGAACAUGACCAAUUUUGGAUUAAGAUUCCCAGGAUUGGCUGUAUUUGAAAGUCAGGUAUCAGCUGAUGCAUCUGUUGGUGAAGUUCUCGAUGAUGAAGGAUCAUCACCAUUGCUACAUCAAUUGGAAUCUGAUAUGUUAAAUGCCCGGAACGCCUGUGAAGGAUCCGAACCUGAUUCAUAUGGACAUGAUGGAUCAACAUCACAACCUUCAUCUCUUUUUGGUGAAGUCCAUUUAACUGAGAUUAAAAAACUUGAGAAAGGUCUUGAGUUGGCUGAAAAUGAAAAAAAUCAACUUGCUCUGAAGCUUAGUGAGACCCAUAAUUUAUUGGAGCAAACUAAAACUGAAUUAUUAGCCCAACAAUCAAGAUUAUCCAAGUUAACUAAUCAUAUCAGCAAUAUAAUCAAUAGUGAAGGCAAUAAUGAAAUGAUUGAAGCAUUUGAAAAUGAAUUCCCUGAAUAUAAACAAUUUAUUGGUCAGCUGUGUGAAAAAAUAAGCAAGUCAAAAGAAAGUCCUGAAGGAGAAGACGAACUCAACGAAAUUAAAAGACAAUUGAAGGAAUGUGAACUUCUACGUGAUAGCCUUUCUACUGAUCUUGAUCUGUUGAAUAAUUUUGCCGAGGAAACCUCUUCUGGCUCAGCUGCAACAGUUGAAGAUCUUAACCGAAUAUCUGAAAAAUUGGCUACUUUAUAUUACCACAUUUGUUCAGUAAACGGUGAAGAACCAUCCCGCAUAAUUUUAGAUCACGCUAAUAAAUCAGAAGCUCCAUUGAGUCUUCGAACUGAAGGUCUUAAAGAUAUUCUCAAUGAUGAACGUAGCCGAAAACUAUUAAGCAAUUGGAAAUCAGGAAUUCUAGCUUCAACUGAGUGUCGUAAAACUAUGGAGACCAUUGACGACCAAAUGAGACACUUGAAUAAUGCCGUUGAAUUAAUAAUAGAUAUGAAAACUCCAGCUCGCACCAAGAUUGCCAAUGAAGCUAAUGCAUUACCCGCUUCUCAACAACAUUCCUUGAUAACAAAUUCUUCUGGAAUUGCUUCAUCACCUUCACCUUAUCCUGGUGGUGACGCUCAAGAAGAACUGGUCAAAUUGAAAGCUCUCUUAGCCACUAAAAGGGAACAAAUAGCUACCCUUCGAACCGUUUUAAAAGCCAAUAAGCAAACUGCCGAGGUUGCCUUAGCGAACCUCAAAUCUAAAUAUGAGACUGAAAAGGCGGUUGUUACGAAAACAAUGACGAAAUUAAGAAAGGAAUUGAAAGCGUUGAAAGAAGAUGCUGCUACCUUCGCUUCUCUUCGGUCAAUGUUCUCAGCCCGGUGUGAAGAGUAUGUUGCUCAAAUUGAUGAACUUCAACGACAGUUAAAAUCAUCGGAAGAUGAAAAGAAAACUUUGAAUUCUCUUCUUCGAAUGGCAAUAGGACAAAAGUUAACUUUAACUCAAAAGCUAGAAGAAAUAGAAAUGGACAGAGAACGUAACUGCCUUUCAUCACCUUCAAACAGUGGAGGUAAAAAUAAUAAUAUUAAGGAUAGUCUAUACAAAUCUAACAUUUCUCGAGGUCCUAAUCGAACAAGAGCUUUAUUUGCAAGGACCUCAGGCCCACGACCGCCUUCAUCGCCCAGUAAUCAUGCAUCCAACAAUAGACCGCUAAGCGGGCGAGGAGACUGAACACCGCAAUUUUUGUUCCCGAAAAAUUAAACUUGUAUAAAUAAGGAAGAAAAAUCAAUUCCUUCAAGAGAGCAUCAAUCACCAGUUGCAUGGAAUCAAUCAACCAGAUAAAAGGAAAAAGUUAAAAUCAUUUCGUACCAGAUGCACGAUACUCAAAAACAGUUAACAAGGGAAGAUAAUGACUAAGAUUGGGCUUAUUAACAUGAUAUCAUCUUUAUCAACACCAUCAACUGCAAAUCAAAGCACUUUUUAUGAUCAUCUCUAACUACGAUGACGCGUUGAAACAAUAGGACUAAUUUUAUCAAAUAUAACUUAUGGAUGUGAAGGGAGAAGGAUGUGUUUGGAUGAAAAAAUUUAUUUCAUGGUUCAGUCUUACUUUUCCAUUCUAAUUUUUCCCAAAAUUAUCAUUAUUAUUGAACUACUUGAGUUGUCAUCUUUUCAUGUUCAUACUUGUAUCAUCACUCUCUUUUGUCAAAUCCAUGUCGAACAGAUUAUUAUUAGAUUAACUCUAUCAUCUUCUUAUAUAUUAAUACUGUUUUGGUAUUUUUCUGUCAAAAUUUCUCCACACUCAAACGGUCUUUAAAUUCCUGUUAAUCGCAACUGAAAGAUUAUGGCCUUUGUCGCCGGAAAAAUAUACAAAUUUUUAGAACCCAACCCUGAAACUCAGGAAAAGCAGAUAAAAAAGAGACUAAAAUAGACAGUAAAAAAAAGGGAAAAUGACACUUAACAUUUUUGUACAUUUAAAUACGCAAUAUGUAGAUAUAUGAAAUUUUUGCGUAAAAAUUGUGGAUGAACUAAAAGGAUUUCAAGGAAAACUUUUACUCAACCUGAAAGCCAUGGUCGAACUAUAAACUGAAACCGAAAAACUGUCAGAGCUUAAUCAGAAUUCAGCUUACUAAGCAAGGAAUUUGCAUAAAAACUUUGAAUUUUGAGUUGCGAAUUUGGACUUUGUAGGUUUGUGGGGGCAUAAAAACUGAGUCCACUAAAACGUGAUAUUCUAGUAAUAAGUUAAUACUACACUUGACUAUGUUAAUUUAAGCCUACCUUGUUAGGACAUUUAUUAAGCUAAUGUUUUUUAUCAAAUAAAAAUCCACUUAAUCUAUCAAA